CGCCGUCCUGUUACUCGCGGUUGGUCGUGUGUCGCGCAAGGUGUGUGGGCAUGUGUGGGCGGACGAACAUCUGCUGCCACUGUUUUCCGGAAGGCCGUCGUUCUGCUCGAGCAUGACACGCAGGCGAGCAGGAUCCUGGAAUGAUUGAAGGAUGCAGUCAAUGGGGGGCCUGCCAGAGGAGACGUGGUGGUCAAUAUUCCGAGCCACGGUAUUUAUUAGCGACGGAACAGAUAACUUAAUCAUGUGAGUGAUGGCAGACUGCCUGAAGAAAUACUUCUGCCCUCGUCUACUCGACUACAUCAUCAUCGUUGGUGCCCGUCAUCCGAACCGCAAUGGCGUCGUCCAGACUCCCGAACUGUUACGUCGUUACCCCAUCGAGGACCACCAGGACUUUCCUUUACCUCCCGAUGUGGUGUUUUUCUGCCAACCGGAAGGGUGCGUUUUCGUUGGACCCAAAAGAACUAGUCUUCGCGAAUCGACACCAUUCGUGUUUUCGCUGACGGAAAAAGACACGAGCCGUGUGCGGUACGGCAUCUGCGUCAAUUUCUACCGACCCAUCGAUCGGAAGGGCAAGACGGACAGCACGACGGAGAAGAAAAACUCUCUUACUUCUUUGUGUGCCAUCAGCCAUCACCCCUUUUUCUCCACAUUUCGUGGCUGCCUCUUUACUUUACGCAAAUUGAUUGAUUCUUCGCACGAGAAGAUUCUGGUGACCAGUAGGGCAAAGUCUGCAAGCAGAGAAAGCGUGUGGAAUGUGUUGAUGGGACGAGUGACUGAAAAUCUCUCCAGCAUGGUGCUUGAUCAAGUAAGGGAAAUUGAGACAUGGAUGUUGAAGCUUCUCAGUUGUCCCGUGCCUGUGCCAGGAAAGACGAGGGUAGAAGUGGAUAUUUUACCCUCUUCGGAUCCUUUAGUAUUUGCCUUACCCGAUCACACUCGUUUCUCCCUGGUGGAUUUCCCCUUGCAUCUCCCAUUAGAACUCCUAGGUGUGGACACCUGUAUGAAAGUACUCACCUGCAUUAUCCUCGAGCAUAAGUUGGUGCUUCAAUCUCGUGACUACAAUGCUCUGUCAAUGAGUGUUAUGGCCUUUGUGACGAUGAUAUACCCCCUGGAAUACAUGUUUCCGGUCAUACCUCUUCUACCCACUUGUAUGGCUUCUGCAGAACAGCUUCUCUUGGCCCCAACGCCUUAUAUAAUUGGUGUGCCAGCAACGUUCUUCAAGUUUAAGCGUUCCUUUCGUCUUCCCGAUGAUGUCUGGCUGGUGGAUCUCGAUUCAAACAGUGUGCUCAAGCCCCCUGGUGUGGAGGAUUUACCCUCACUUCCCGAUCCUGAGGGAACCUACCUCUUGAACCACCUCAAGCAGGCUCUUGCGUCUAUGAGUAUGAACCCUCAACCCAUCAAGAACCUGGACAGAAUAGGGACUGAGAGCAGAAUAGAUGUUCCUCCCACAUCUGGCUGCUUUAAUCCUCUCAUCUAUGGCAAUGAUGUGGACUCUGUGGAUGUUGCUACUCGUAUAGCAAUGGUCCGUUUCUUCAACUCUGGAGGUGUGCUAGCACACUUUAUGGAACACACACGUACCUUACGUCUCUAUCCUCGUCCUGUGGUGGCCUUCCAAGUGAACAGCUUUCUUCACUCACGGGGCAUUAAGGCAUCCCCUUUCCUCAGGAAAUUGGUUCGCACACAGGCUGUUGAGUUUUAUGCUGAAUGGUCGCUCUGUCCCACUAAUGUGGCUUUUCAUCGGGUUCAUACAGGUGUAUUUGACCCGGCUGUAAUUGGUGACAAGUCCAAAUGGUAUUCUCACCAACUGGAACCCAUCUACUUUCAAGUGUGGUCCCAAGGAUCUACACUGGGGACUACUUUGGCAUCCGAGGAAACUGAGGAAGCCACUGGUGACAGUGGGAGUGAAAGCGAUGACAGCACCAGCUCAUCAUACUCUUCCUUAAGUGAUUUUGUCUGUGAUAUGGUGAACAGCGAGUUUGAUGUCUCCCGUGGUGAAGAGGCCUCAGCAGCAAUACUUCCCCCAUGGGACUACAAGGUGGCAUUCCAACCACCAACAUCUCUUCAGUUGCCUGCUCUGAAACGGGCAGAGUCUCAAGGCUCCGUUGCUGGUUCCGUCACAACUUCUUCAUCUCAGUCUUCCUUAUCAAGUCCAUCCGCUCCAGGCGAAGACAACAAGACAGAAUCUGCGGACGUGGUGGGCUCUUCCAACGGUACACCGUCUACAGUCCGGUCAUCUCAUCCCAUGGGUAGUCCAUCCCAAAUGGGUAUACGUAUCACACCUCAGGGCAGUCAAGCAUCCCUCCUUGAAGCAGUAGCACGUGAGGCCAAAGAAGUGGCACGUGAGGCAUCAAAAGCAGCUGCUGAAGUGAGUCGCUCAGCCUUUGAAGCCACAAAACCAGCGAGGGAUGCCGGACGGCGAACCAUUAUCAAAGCUCUCAGCGAUCGAGAGAAAAGAGAAGAUGCCACGAGGGAUUCGCUCAUGUCCACUGUGAGCAGCGAACUCAACGGUUUCGCGGCACAUACCUCCAACGUUAUCCAGGGAUUGUCGGGUCUUUUUGGCAACAAAAUGUCAUCGAUAGCAAAGCCCAAAGCACCACCUUUUGGACCUUUUCCUACAGCCAACACGGGAAGAAGGGGUCCCGUCGAGCGAACACAGCUCAUCAAGCACAGUACUAACCAGCAGCCAUCAGUACAAACAUUUGAAGCUCGUACAACGAGUCAAAGUGAAAACCAGCAGUUCCUGAAGGAGAUACUGAACUCUAUAUUGGAAGGCGAAGGGAUCAAGUGGUACAAAGUGAAUAAGGUGAACAAAGUAAAGAAGUUGAUGGAAGAUGAGAAUUAUCGCAACUUGGUGGUAUCGAGGCUGAACAAGACACUAGAGAAGAAAGUUGGCCCAGAUGACCAUAUUGACGACGUGUGCAUCUCUCCUGCGGUGUACAAGGGAACGCUUAAGAUGCUGCAGAGCGUGGUGUUAGGCCUGGAGUACAGCUAUCACCACUGUGGCAUCGGUGGCAUGGCAAGUGCGCUGCAGUGCUUGGAGAUAGCCCACACGCAUUAUUGGUCUAGGGAAGUUACGGAGGAUCACCAGCAGGACGCCUUUGGGCCAGCUGACGAACAUCUUUCACUGGAAUCGAGCAAGAGCAGCGCAAACAGCAGCCCCUCAGACACAUUUCCAAGUGGAGUCUCAUUGGACAGACACCAAGAACCUCGCUUUAGUCUAACAGAUCCUCAGUUGGAUGUUAUUCCUGACCCAUUGGAACAUCACGUCGAGCCUUCUGACAUGUUCAGGGGAUUGAUCAACGCCAAAAAAAUGGUUCUCUCCAAAAUCACCAGCAUCGAUUCGGAAGUGUCAUGCCAGGGUUCAGACCUGGCAGUUCCCAGUUGUGAUGCGAGUGACACUGGGAGCAUGACCAUGAACCCUGUGUUCCAACAUCACCGCAGCAACGCUUCUUUCCGCUCAACAGUCUCCGACAGUGAGGUUGAAGCUGCAAGCUUGAUGUCUCGUCAAAAGCGUGCAUCCAGCAUCUGGAGCACCAAGAGUAGCCUGAGCGCUGGUUUCCGCUACGGAUCCAUCAUCCCAUCGCACACUUCACCGGAAGUUAGUCGUGUUUACAUCUACGAGGGUCUUGUGGGCAAUAACCGAUCGAGUCUGUGGGACGAACCACCCUUCUGGGAAGAUGCAUUUUUUGAUGCUGUCGCUCAGGAGAGGGACAUUGUUGGGAUGGACCAAAGACCAGGAGAAAUGAUGGAAAGGUAUCGUACCCUCUCCUCCAUGGACAAGAAGCGUUUAGAACACGAUGAGGACAGACUGCUUGCGAGCAUGUUGUACAACCUGGUCGCUUUCAUGGUCAUGAUGAACGUCAACAAAGCUGAAGUGCGGAGGAGGGCACGUCGCCUCUUGGGAAAAUGUCAUAUCAGUCUAGUGUACAGUGCAGAGGUCAAUGAGCUUCUUGACCAAGUUGACCAUUUGCAUGGCAACGACAUGGACCUGAAACCCCUGGGCAGCCGUCAGAUGCAUCGCCAGUCCUUUACGGUUCAUUCGGGCACAGACACUGCAGGUGACAUGAGGUUCAUGGAGGUGAGAGACGAUGGCAUCAUCCUCCGUAGCGUAAAUGGCACAAUAGUGGAGCGUUGGUGGUACGAGAGACUGGUCAAUAUGUCUUACUGCCCCAAAAACAAGGUCCUUUGUCUCUGGAGGCGGAAUGGAGGAGAAACACAACUUCGAAAGUACUAUACCAGGAAGUGCAAAGAUUUGUAUUACUGCAUCAAAGAAGCCAUGGAGAGGGCAGCAGCCAGGGGCAAUUACGUCACAACCGGCACGGAGCUUGGAGGAGAGUUUCCAGUGCAGGACUUGACAACCUGUGAAGGUGGGAUCCUUCAAGUGUGCAUGGAAGGAGUUGGACUGCUUUUUGCCAACAGCAAGUUCUUUGUAAGACUCGAAAAUAUAAAAAAAUGCUACACACAGAAGGAACGCAUCUUCGUCCUGCAAGAAUACAACCCGAAAACUCGCCAUGUUAUUGAGAGACGAUACGAGUCCAAGAUGGCAAACGAAAUAUGCUAUGCAGUUCUUUGUGUUUUUUCGUACGUGGCCUCCGGGCCCGAUCAGCGUCGCGGGAGCAGCGAUCAAGUCAAGAGCAGCCCUUCAAAGAUGUGGCUUCGAAAAUAAAGAGAACAAUAAAUA